AUGGCUGUAAAUUUACUUGGUAAUUCAGAUAUUGAUGCACGUAUUAUUCUUAAUGUUGGUGGUACACGUUUUGAAACAUCAAAAUCAACAUUAAAAAAAUUACCAGCAACACGUUUAUCAAAAUUAACUGAACAAUUAUCAUAUUAUGAUCCAAUAUUAAAUGAAUAUUUUUUUGAUCGUCAUCCGGGUGUUUUUUCUCAAAUAUUAAAUUAUUAUCGAACAGGAAAAUUACAUUAUCCAACAAAUGUUUGUGGACCUUUAUUUGAAGAUGAAUUAUCAUAUUGGGGUUUACAACGUGAAGAAGUUGAACCAUGUUGUUGGAUGACUUAUACAAAACAUCGAUCAACUGCAGAAACAUUAUCAAUAUUAGAUAGUUUAGAAUUAGAUACAGUACGUUCAUCUCAACAAGAAAUAAUAAAAAAAUUUGGUUGGGAUGAUAAUUUUGAUUAUAUUCAAGGUCGUUUACCUAAAUAUAAAAAAAUGAUAAUGAUUAUAUGGCAAAUAUUUGAAGAACCACGAUCAUCAACUAUAGCUAAAGUUAUUACUGUAAUUUCAAUAUUUUUUAUUCUCGUAUCUAUACUAUCAUUUGUUUUACAAACAUUAUCCAUGUUUCGUAUAACUGAUAUUGAUUUUGUCACUGUUUAUGUUAAUAAAACAACAACAGAUCGAACACCAACAUUAAGUCGACAGCAUGUUCAUCCAUCAUUUGACAUUGUUGAAUGGAUAUGUAUGUUUAUUUUAUUUCAUUCAGUUUAUUUAUAUAUUUAUUUAGGCAAUACAUGGUUUAUAUUUGAAAUAAUGAUAAGAUUUAUUGUUAGUCCAAAUAAAAAAGAAUUUUGUCAAUCAUUUUUAAAUAUUAUUGAUUUUCUUGCAACAUUUUGGUUUUAUUUUACAUGGGCAUUAAUAAAACUUAAUGUUAAUGAUAAUGAAGCUCUUGAUUUAUUAUCAACUAUACGUAUAAUGCGAUUAUUUAAAUUAUUUAAUCAUCAUCCAGGUUUAAAAGUUAUUAUAACAUCAAUGAAAUAUUCAUCAUCCGUUUUAUGGCUAUUAAUAUUCUUUGUUUUAAUUGCUGUUGCUAUAUUUGCAGCAUUAAUUUAUUAUGCUGAACGCAUGACAACACGACAUCCUAAUGAGAAUAUGUUUCGUUCAAUUCCAGAUGCUUUAUGGUUUAACAUGAUAACAAUGUCAACAAUUGGUUAUGGAGAUUUAUAUCCAAAAACUAUGUUAGGAAUGUUAAUUGGUGCUGUUUCAACAGUUGCUGGUGUAUUAAUUAUUGAUUUACCAAUGCCAAUUAUUGUUGAAUCAUUUGCUAAUUUUUAUACACAUCUUCGAGCUCGAUCAAAAUUACCUAAAACACGACGAAAAAUUGGACCAGCUGAAUCAACAGUUAAAAAACGAACACCUUUAACAACAAUUGAUAAUGGACAAAAUCUUAAAUUACUUGGACAAACAGCUCGAGCAUCAAUAUUUAGUACUAAAACAAUUAUCAAUAAUAAUAUUAAAUCUUCAAUUGCUUAA